AAACACAGAAGAUAGAUCAGAACUUUCCUUCAAAACAUCACUUGCAAGACUUUUCUUCUUCUGUCUUGUCUGCCAGCAUAAGAAAAUAAAAUAUGGCAACUAUUGAGAAAAGCUCUGAUUUGGAGAAGCAUCUCUUUGAAGACUUGAUGAUCCCUGAUGGUUUCAUGGAAGAUUUUGUCUUUGAUGACGCUGCUUUUUUCUCAGGACUCUGGUCUCUAGAACCCUUAAACCAAGUUCCUAAACUGGAGCCUAGUUCACCUGUUCUUGAUCCAGAUUCGUAUGUCCAAGAGUUUCUCCAAACGGAAGCAGAAUCAUCAUCAUCAACAACAACAACAACUACAACAUCACCUGAGGUUGAAACUGUCUCAAACCGGAAAAGAUCAAAGAGAGCUGAAGAGACAAGGCAUUACAGAGGCGUGAGAAGGAGGCCAUGGGGCAAAUUCGCAGCAGAGAUUCGAGAUCCGGCUAAGAAAGGAUCAAGGAUUUGGCUAGGCACUUUUGAGAGUGAUAUUGAUGCUGCAAGAGCUUAUGACCAUGAAGCUUUUAAGCUCAGGGGAAGAAAAGCUGUGCUCAACUUUCCUUUGGACGCAGGAAAGUAUGAUGCUCCGGUCAAUUCUUGCCGGAAGAGGAGAAGAUGCGAUGUACCGGAGCCUCAAGGAAUAGCUACGAGCAAUUCAUCAUCAAACUAAUGGGACUAAUGAUGCUUUAUGUUUAAUUAGUAUAGGUAAAUAUAUAUAAGCAUGUGAAGUAUUAUGUAUAGAGCCAAGAAGAUGUUGGAUUAGUGUAGUUAAUGUGUUUUGCAAAGUAUGUACUAUGUGACAAUGGAACUUGUGUGUUCUUUCA